GUCGUACCAGUUGUAGGAAUAAUCAUGCAAUUGCUCCACGGACUCCUUUUGUUGCAGUACCGCACUAUGGCUGCGCCCAUGUAACGAAGGAAGAUUUCUAUGCAGAUCUUUCCAGGCCAUCAAUGGAUCCCCCUUUCUAAAGCAUUUCCCCACUUCCUUGGGGAAUCCACGAUCGGCAGAAUUCCAAGUUCUCCCAGAACCGGAGUCUUGGGAUUUCUUUGAAUAUGUUCGUCAAGCCUUUCAGGGUAAAAUCCAACACCGCUAUCAAAGGUUCCGAUAGGAGGAAAUUGCGAAAUGAUGUUGCAGCAGUAUUUCCCACCCUAACUUCAGAACAACUGGCUGAAGUUGUGCCAAUGAAAGAGGAAUUGAAUAUUAUUAAAAUAUAUACUCAUAAAGGAGAAACUGUCACAGUCUAUGCCAAUGGCAAAAAUCCUGUCCUUUUUGAAAUGGAGAAAAUGCUAUAUCCAACAGUGUACACUUUGUGGUCUUAUCCACACCUUCUUCCUGCCUUUUCUACUUGGCCACCUGUGAUGCACAAAUUAGUAGGAGGUGCAGACUUAAUGCUUCCAGGAGUUAUAAUUCCCAAAUGUGGUCUUCCCCAGGUAAAACGAGGUACUCUCUCUGCUGUUACAUUGGUGAAAAACAGAGCCCCUGUGGCCAUUGGAACAGCUAUUAUGACAACUGCUGAGAUGGUAGCAGCUGGAAUGAAAGGAAAGGGUUUCACAGUGCUUCACACUUAUAUGGAUCACCUUUGGGCAAUUGGUGACAAAUCAAGCCCACCUACAAUACCCCCCUUAGAAAUAGAACCUUCAGAGACGGUAGCUGGAGAAGAGGAGGAACAGAAGAAUGAAGAAGGGGAAACACCUGAAAGCAGCCUCUCUCUUGAUCCAUCCUUGCAGAUGGACAUUGAACAUCUCAACUUAGAGGAAGACAUUUCGUGUACUAUCAUAGGGGGAAAAGAGGAACUCAGUCAAAACGAUGCUGCUGAAAAGACUGAAGAGUACGAACCAAAUAUUUCUGAGGAGAUGGAAGAUAACAGAAGUCCACAAGAACAAAUGGAUGCCCUGCUUUAUCAGUGUUUCUUUCAUGCCUUAAAAUGUAAAGUGAAGAAGUCAGAGCUCCCCCUGCUGACCAGUACGUUUUUGCGUAACUACAUGUUUUCCUGCUGUCCAAAAGAUCAACAACUGGAUAUAAAGAAAUCUAGCUACAAAAAGUUCUCAAAAUUUUUGCAGUCAAUGCAACAGCAGAAGAUUCUCCAGGUGAAAGAACUGAAUAAGGGUGUGGAAAGUAUUGUGGAAGUAGAUUGGAGACAUGAAAGAAAUGAUUAA